AUGAAAAAUAAUGCUGAGAUCUGUUUUAUCAUGUUUACUCUGAUUUCUGUCUGCUACGCAAGUGAAUCUUCAUUCCCUGAAGGACAUCUUAAACCUUUUGGCUUUCACCGAUCCCCCACUGUGCUCUUGGACGAAUUUACGCUUGAAAAUGCUCCCAAACCGGCAGAGUUUUACGAAAAAUACUUCAAAAGGGUAAAGCCUGCGAUUUUUCGUGGCGGUUUAGUGAAUACUGAUGUAUUUAAGCACUGGACAAACGAUUAUCUGAAGGAACAUUACGGAGAAUUAGAAAUGAGAGUUUUAAGAUUGGAUGAAAAAAAGGAUGAUGGUAUGCUAGCACCGUUGGGGGAGAAGUAUUAUGGCCGGGAUACGAUCCGACAUUUUGUAGAUCACUUCCAAAGCGAGGAAUCCAACAGUUACAUGGUGUCUGAGCUACCAGCUCAAAUGUACAAAGAGUUUCCUGUCUUGCCUUCGAUUGGGGCGUGCGGAGAAUUCACGAGAAACUUUAUUGAAGUUGACAUUUGGUGGAACAAAGGUGGAAGCUCAAGCUUACUUCACGAGGAUUCGAAUGAUCAACUCAACUGUCAACUGAUUGGUAGCAAGCAAUGGAAGCUAGCAGAGCCACAAUACACGAAAUGGGUGUAUGAGCAAGAGGAAAACGGUAAGGACGCCGACGGUGGAGCUUCUUUGUUCGAUCCAAUGGCUGUGGAUUUGAUUAAAUAUCCGGAUAUUGUGAAAGUUCCAUGGACAAAUGUGACCCUGCACGCUGGGGAUUGUAUAUUUAUUCCGAAAAGUCACUAUCAUCAAGUAAACUCGUUUGGCAAUAACAGCUUAGCGGUUGUUAUACAAUUCGGUGUUGAUUCCAAAAAGAAUAAUAUGGAUGUUUCAGACUGA